AUGGUUCCAGAAAAUCAAACCACAGUAAGAGAAUUUAUUCUCUUAGGACUCUCCACUUCUCCAUCUGUCCAGAUCUUCCUCUUUUUGGUAUUUUUGAUUAUAUAUAUAAUCACCUUGCUGGGAAAUGUGGUGAUCAUGCUUGUGAUACGAACUGACCCUCACCUCCACACCCCCAUGUACUUCUUCCUGAGUAACUUAUCUUUCCUUGACAUCUGUUAUUCCUCAGUUACUGUCCCGAAGAUGCUGGUGAACUUCUUGGUGGAGAGAAAGACCAUUUCCCUCAGUGGCUGCACCACCCAGCUGUUUUUUGUAAUUUUCUUCAUUGUAGCUGAAGGCUUGCUUCUCUCAGUGAUGGCUUAUGAUCGAUAUGCUGCUAUAUGCCAUCCUCUGCAUUACACUACAAUCAUGAAACAAUGGGUUCACGUCCAGCUGGCAUGCAGUGCAUGGAUAACUGCAUUUAUCUAUGCCUUUCCAAACACCCUCCUCCUAAUGAGGCUUCAUUUUUGUGGGCCCAAUAUAAUUAACCACUUUAGCUGUGAGCCACCACAGGUGUUCAUGCUCUCCUGUAGUGACCCCUUUGCCAACCAAAUGGUGGUUUACACUGUUGGUAUAACAUUAGGGUUGUUGGCUUUCCUCAUCACUCUGAGUUCCUAUGUUAACAUCAUCUCUACCAUUCUGAAAAUGAGUUCAGUAGAGGGGAAACACAAAGCUUUCUCGACUUGUACUUCCCACCUGAUAGUUCUCAUCUUAUUUUAUGGCUCUGUUAUGGUGAAAUACCUGAAGCCGACCACCAGUCACUCACAGGACCGGGACAAAUUCAUCUCUUUGGCUUACAGUAUUUUCACUCCAAUGUUGAACCCCAUUAUAUAUAGCUUGAGGAACCAAGAAGUGAAAAAGGCCGUGUUAAAAAUAUUAAGUAGAACAGUCAAAGACGGGAUGGUGUGA